UUCCGGGGCCGAAGUGGGCAUCGACGGGUGCACUUUGCUGUUCCAGGGAGCCGGCUCGGCAGGCGGCGGCGACGUGGAACUUGGGCUAGGGCUAGAACCGGCGAAAAGCAAAGCCGGAAAAGGCAAGGGGGCGUCGGUGCGCUGACCACCUGUUCCUCCAGCGGAGUGCGACGCGCGCCGAUUGGCUGGAGUGCCGCCCGGGUACCGGAAGUGGCCGAUGCCCGUCGCCAGUGACACCGGGACAACAGCUGCGGGCUCUGUGCGAGCGGCCCAGCAGCGGGGAGCGUCAGCGGAGUGAGCGAGCGCGGGGCAGUAGCGGCCUGCGAUUGUGAGAUGGGGACUGAGAACAAGGAGGUGAUUCCCAAGGAAGAAAUUUCUGAAGAAUCUGAGCCACAUGGGUCAUUAUUAGAAAAAUUUCCAAAAGUGGUUUACCAAGGUCAUGAGUUUGGAGCAGGAUGUGAAGAAGACAUGUUGGAGGGACAUUCGAGAGAGUCCAUGGAAGAGGUUAUAGAGCAGAUGUCUCCUCAGGAGAGAGACUUUCCAUCAGGGUUGAUGAUCUUUAAGAAAUCACCCUCAAGUGAGAAAGACCGGGAGAAUAAUGAGAGUGAGAGAGGCUGCAGUCCCAGCCCAAAUCUGGUUACACAUCAGGGAGAUACAACAGAGGGAGUUAGUGCAUUUGCUACCUCUGGCCAAAACUUCCUAGAGAUUUUAGAAUCUAACAAAACACAGAGAAGUUCUGUGGGAGAAAAGCCUCAUACAUGUAAAGAAUGUGGGAAAGCCUUUAAUCAGAACUCACAUCUCAUCCAGCAUAUGAGAGUUCAUAGUGGAGAAAAACCCUUUGAAUGUAAAGAAUGUGGAAAGACAUUUGGAACUAAUUCAAGCCUUCGACGGCACCUGAGAAUUCAUGCUGGAGAAAAACCCUUUGCUUGUAAUGAAUGUGGAAAGGCCUUCAUUCAGAGUUCACACCUUAUUCACCAUCAUAGAAUUCAUACUGGAGAGAGACCCUAUAAAUGUGAAGAAUGUGGUAAAGCCUUCAGUCAAAAUUCAGCCCUUAUUCUACACCAGAGAAUCCAUACUGGAGAGAAACCGUAUGAAUGUAAUGAAUGUGGGAAGACCUUUAGGGUUAGUUCACAGCUUAUUCAGCAUCAGAGAAUUCAUACUGAAGAAAGAUACCAUGAAUGCAAUGAGUGUGGCAAAGCCUUCAAGCAUAGCUCAGGCCUUAUUAGACACCAGAAAAUUCAUACUGGAGAAAAACCAUAUCUGUGUAAUGAAUGUGGGAAGGGCUUCGGGCAGAGUUCUGAGCUUAUCCGGCAUCAGAGAAUUCAUACAGGGGACAAACCCUAUGAAUGUAAUGAAUGUGGGAAAACUUUUGGCCAGAACUCAGAGAUUAUUAGACAUAUUAGAAUUCAUACUGGUGAGAAGCCCUAUGUAUGUAAGGAAUGUGGGAAGGCCUUCAGGGGGAACUCAGAACUUCUUAGACACGAGAGAAUUCACACUGGAGAGAAACCCUAUGAAUGCUUUGAGUGUGGAAAGGCUUUCAGGCGGACCUCUCACCUUGUUGUCCACCAGAGAAUUCAUACUGGAGAGAAACCCCAUCAAUGUAAUGAGUGUGCAAGAACCUUUUGGGAUAAUUCUGAGCUGCUUCUCCACCAGAAAAUUCAUAUUGGAGAGAAACCUUAUGAAUGUAGCGAGUGUGAGAAAACAUUUAGCCAGCAUUCCCAACUUAUCAUACAUCAGAGAAUUCACACUGGAGAGAAGCCUUAUGAGUGCCAAGAAUGUCAGAAGACUUUUAGUCGGAGCUCUCACCUCCUCCGACAUCAAAGUGUUCACUGUAUGGAGUAAUCUGCAAAAUAGGAAAGCUUUUAGUGGAAAAGCUAAAGUCCAACUUAUUCAUUUGUUCAUAAUAUGCAAAUAUGCGCCCCAAGUAUUCAAAUCCAAUGAAUGGACAGAACCUCCUCUGUCCUCCCACUGAUUUUAAAUAGUUGGUUGAAGAAGAUGAGGCACUUUUUUUUUUUUUUAAGCAUUGGGGUCUUGCUCUGUUGCCCAGGAUGGGAUGCAGUGGCACAGUCGUAACUCACUGCUUCCUUGAACUCCUGGGCUCAAACAGUCCUGCCUCAGCCUUCCAAGUAGCUAGGACUGCAGGCACUAAUGAGGCACUUUUAUGAAUUAUUCAUUGAGAGGUUUCAGUGUGCUAAGUUAAAUCAUAAAAGCUCUUUCAGGCCUUAAUUUCCCCUCUGUCCUUCCUUCCCCUUCUCCUCCCCCAGUGGAUCACAUAACAAACAUUAAGGGUCUGUACCAGCCAUCUUUCCUAAAUUACUCUUCAGCAAAAUUGUGGGAACAGGAUUCCACCACCUCCUAAGAACGAGAGUUGACUCAUUGACUGUUACCCCCUGAAAUAUUAGAAAGUCAUAACUUAGAAGACACACCUCAUUCUCCUGUCCACUGUUUAGCAUUGGAAUAAGUUAGUAAGCUGUUAUUAGCUUCAAAGUCAUCCAGCCCUGCUAUGAAGUUACUUUAGAAGAUGGCAGCAUUAAUGAAGCAGGCUCAUUUCACAUCUGUCAGGCUUCCUUAUUCAACUGAAGAGGCUGCCAUGAUGGAGGAACUGACAGGCAAUUUACAACGGGAUUAUAAGUGAAGGCCUUAGAAUCCAGAGGGGCCGAUUAGGCAACACCAGGGGAUAAACAGUUGAGGUCCCACUGCUCGGCAUGGGCAGAAGCAGCUCUUCAGGAGCUGUCCACACUUCAGGGGUGCUCAGACUGACUGCUCCUAAGAAUUCUGCUGCAUAUAUUUUUAGCCCCAUCUCCUGCCACUGCUGACAGAUAUUGUGACAGUAAGUAGCAGAGAGGACUGUGGCUUCACCUCCUCCCGGCACCUGGCUACAGUGAUGAGCCAGUUCACCUGAUGACAAACCAGGGUCUGGCCUUGCCAAAGCACUUAAGUUCUCAUGACCUGGACCCCACUGGAGGCCCUGGUUAAGUCAGGAUGUCGUAGCCUCUUCUUGGUUUUGCCCCUUGGCCUUGAAAUUCUUUUUUCUUGAAUAACUUUAAAAAAAUAGAGAUAAAGUGUUGCUAUGUUGCCCAGGCUGGUCUUGAAUGCCUGGGCUCCAGCAAUCUUUUUGCCUCAACUUCCCAAAGUAUUGAGAUUACAGGUGUGAGCUACCAUGCCCGGCCUUGAAAUUCUUUCUUCGCUAUGUCUGCAUGUUUUUUGUGUUCUAUAUUUAUUUCUUCUUUAAGGAAACAGCCUACAUUUUUCAUGUGUCCAUGUUUCUGAGGCAGUGGGUGAUAGUGGGAAUUGCACUAAUGGGGGUCCAGCAGGCCUGGGGUCUGGUCUUAGCGCUAGACCUUGAAUAAGGCACUUCACCUGCUGGUCUCCAAUUUUCUCCUCUGUAAAAUGAAAGAGUUGAACUAAGUGAUCUCAAAAGUUUCAACCAGCCCAAUAAUUCCUUAAUUCUUUAAAAAUUUAACUUUAUAUAUCUUUAUUAUUCUUUAACCUCAUCUUUGUUACACUAAUAUCAGUCACUAAUAUUUAUUGAGUGUUUACUACCUGACAGGCACAGUGCCAGUUUACAUUUUAAUUUUCACAUCAUUUCUAUGAUGUGGGUACUCAUUUUUUUAAAGCUUUAUGAAGGUAUAAUUUACAUACUAUAAAAUUCACCUGUUUUAAGUGUUCAGUUGAAUGAUUUUUAAUUUACAUAGUGGUGCAACCAUCAAUGAUGUGGGUAUUCUUACCCCAAUUUAAAAGAUAAGAAGGGGCAGUGUUAAGUAAUUGACCCAUGAUUCCACAGCUAGUAAGAGCGACAGCCAAGACUCCAAACCUGGUUGAUGCUCUUAACCACUGUGCUGUGCCGCAGGUAGGCAGAUUCAUUACUGCCUUAUCUGAAACCCUUUGCACAGUUUCUAUUACUGAUUUCUAUGUAGAUUUGAAUAUAACAAAUUUAAAUAAUGUCCUUGGUAACAGAACUGAUCACAGCCAAAAAAAAUUCACCAAAUGGGUUUAUUCUGUUGUCCAAUAUAGGUGUCUUCCCAGGUUUAUAUCCUUGGCUUGAGAAAAGGGUUGUACAAAUAGAUGAUUGCAGAGUUUCCACAUCCUUCCAGAUACCUCUGCCUCUAACAGUCACACUCUUAGUAAGGGAAGUUGUUUGAUUUACUUCUUCCCUUAGGUUGAUUACAAGUGAAGUGCGCCGUCUUAUUCCUUUUUCAUUGCUGGAGCACAAAUUGAAUUGUGCCCAGACCAUAUCUUUCUCACAUGAAACCUGGAUCUCACCUAUCCCUUCCAUGCCUGAUUCCCGUGUUUGCAUAUUUUAUUUCCACAUUUACCUCUUGUCAGCCCUGAUAGAGAAUUUGGCACCCCUUCAAGCUUCUAAACAAUCUAUGCACACAAACACCCCUGAGCAAUAUGGACUUCACUGAAGAUAGUGUGUAAGCAAAGGAGAAGAGUUCACAUUGUGCAUCCUAUUAGACAUUUUGUUCUCAGAAGUACCUUACUGGCCAAACCAAUGAAGGUUUUUCUCUUGUCCUCCCCUCUCAAGGCUCAGUCACCUCAACUCCUUUUUGCCUACUAGAUAUCCAAUCCAUCACCUCGCCUCCCCUGGCCCUAGCUCAAUUACCCUCUUAAACCCAUUCCUGCUCAGCAAAACGUCCUCUAGUUCACUAUUCAUUCAUUUGAACAUUAGGAGGCAAUUUAGUGACCUGUUGUACCUGACCAUGUUCUUAAGGCGGAGGUCUCACGUCUCAUUCCCAGAAAAAUCUACCAUAUAUAGAUACAUAUUCCCCGCCCCGCCCCAGAUUUCUGGUGAAUGAAAUCACCUGUAUCUUAUUAGGUACAUGUACGCAAAUCCUUAACCUCAAUUCUCUGUCCUCUUCAUGUCUUACCCAGAUAUCUCAGGAAGAUUUCUCUUUUCCUUCUGUUUGCCUCCCUCUUCAACUUACUUGGGAGUCAGCAUCUGACCACAGUCGUGACUGGUAAUGAUGAUUUGUGCAAAUACUAUUAAGGAAAGGACAUGAAUUGUCUUAAUUUUAGACCCAUUAAAAAACCGCACAGGCCUCAAUCUUAAAAGUCCUAUCUAAAUACCCAGAAAUACGCUUCAGAAUUUUUGAAGCUAUGCCCAUGUACAAAAUUUUCUUCCUUCCCUAAUUUUAAUGGUAUACUAACACCUUAGGUAAAUAAAAUAUUUCUUUACUAUUUUAUUGAUAUAAUGCCUUUGUCAUGUUUAUUCCAAAUUGCAUUAUGUUUCACUAUGGUUUUUAAUAAGGACUUUAUCAGUUUCAUCCCCACCUUGUAAGUUUCACCUUACCUAAAUACCCCCCACAUGCUUGUUAGCUCCUGGUUUUGCAUACAGUGUACAUUCUGUGUCCUUGAUCUGCUUUGCUUGGUGAGAUCCUUCAUCUUAAAUAACAGGACAAGUGUUAUCUAUUGUGUGUGUGUUGGUAUACACGUUUUUCUUCAUGAUUAGCAACUUAAAAUAUUCCGGACCAUUUGUAUGGCCUUUAACAAAAAAUCACCUUAUUACUGAAAUUUCAGGGUGGCGGCGGGUGCUGCUGAUUGUUUACCAUUAAAUUUUUUACAAGUGUUCUGACUCCUGGCGGAUGCCAGGUUCUUAAUGCUGUUAAGUCAUGAAUCUUCUUUGAGAACCAGGAUAGCUCUGCCCGGAAAAAUGUACAUGCAGUUUCAGAUAAUUGAUGGACUUCCUGAAACUCAUCCUCUGAACCCUGUUCCCCAAAUCAAACAUUUAACUUAAAAAAAAAAAAAAAAGACCGAGUCACUUCCCCAAUAAUUUCCUCUUCACCGCACCCCUCAGCUUUUGGAAUGAAGCUAUGUCAAAAAGACCUGCCUGGGUGAACCCCUGCAAAUGGAGGUCAGCUGGACCUCAGUAAAAGCCCAGUGGGAAGGAGCGGGGACGAUUCUGGAGAUCACAUGAGGAAGGGAGCAGCCUCAGCAGCGCAGGUGGACACAGUCGUCAACCACUCGCUGGCCGCCUGCGACAUGAAGCACCUGCGCUGGGCGCGGCGGGUAAGCGCCGACACUAGCGGGCGCCUGAACAGUCCAGCGGCGUCAGCGCUGCGGAGCAGGAAAGGGUCCCAAACGCAGGGCGGCCAUGCAGCGUGGCGCCCACCUGUCCCUCUCCUCGAAGCGCUGAGCCAGCACGAUGCACAUAAGGGAAGGAGGAAGGUGGCUUGAGGGCAGUGACCGACCGGACAGUGGAAGCCCAUUUCAGGAGCCCCGGUACCCGAGCUCGGGCCCCUUUCCAAUCCCCCAGGCGUCCUUCCCAUGUCCUUGUCUCCUAGUCCUGGGAAUCGACGGCCACUCCACUCUCCUGCAGUACCGCGGACAAGAACACCAUGUACUCUUCACAGGCAGGUGUCUUCUGGUGGACCCAACUCUGUUGGUACUUGUCGUCUCCAAAAAGUCCCCAAAUGCGCUAGAGGCCAGCCAGCCCGGUAUCCGAGAGGGAAGGAGGUGGAACGCAUCAGAGGCCACGAAAGGAGCACAAAGGGGGACCGCUGGCCUAAGACAAAGGAGGCGCGAGGAAAAACGCGGAGCUCGCGUCUCCCAGGGUGAUGCCCGGCGGCGCUGGCCCCAGCAAAACUUCUCUACCCCGGCCUCGGGCAGGUGCCCGCCCGGGGAGGGGGCUGUCGUCCAGGCCAGGUACAACUCCCCUUCCCACCCUUCACUCCCUACCCAGGGGUCUCGAGAAAAGAGAAGAGGAACAUCAAGACCCCCCUCCACGGCACGUGACGCGACGCAACGCGGGUAGCGGAGCGCGGGCACCGUGGGCAAUCUCCACACACAACCGCGGAGCUGCCUGCCAGGCCUGCUCACUGCAGAGCCGCCGCUGCCUGCGGGACGGGCAAAAGCCAAGCCGCGAGGUGGACCUCGGGGAAGCCGCCGCCAACACUCACCUCACAGGACCAGGAGGUUCCAUCGGGGCGCUGCCGCGAAUCGCGCCACUUACAGCCCACACCCCCAGCUGCAGGUUUGCGCCUGCGCAGGUCGCAGCCUCGGCCUCCAACUCCCAGAAUCCUCCUCGCCGCCGGCUUCCGUUCGCGGACUUUGGCCCAGGCGCGUGGUCGCUGCCGAGAGGCUGGGAGCCCGGGAACCGGUUCCUGGACUUGAGCGGAGCGAGGAAGAGCGCGCCGCCUGCACGACUGGACUGGAGCGGCCGGGUGCCCUGGAGGCCCCUGGGAAUUGCAGUCCUUGCGCAGGUGGAGAGUGAGCCCUUAUGAGAAAACUCAAGACUCAGAAACAAUAAAGGUUACAGAGGUGAAAUUGACAGAGCCUGAAUUUCAGUAUGUCAAACUUCAAUGUGCCAUUAUACUUUUAAAUCCUACAGAACAGAUUGAAUCACAACUUCUACUUUUACAUGAGAGAAGACAAUGGGUCCUAUGACUUACUGGUUAUGAUUCUGUAUGGUUUCUUUGGUGCUGCAUUAGACCUGAGUUCUGAUUGAAAAUUCUUCCACGCUCACUACAUUCCAAAACUUUAUCUCCAAUAUGAAUUUCCAGAUGCCUCACAAGGUCUGAGCUCCAUCUGAAGGCUUUCCCAUGCUUGUCACAUUCAUAGGGCUUUUCUCCACUAUGAAUUCUAUGAUGUCGAAUAAAGUGUGAGCUCUGAUUACAA